CUUUUGAAUACAUAAACCAACUUUCGACAAAGCGUUUUCUGGGUACUGAACUAACUUUUAACUUCUAAGCAUUUAAACUUUAGGGACAACAAUUAUCAUCUAUGAGUAAUUCCCAUUGGAAUUUGAAACUGUCCUGUUGGCAUACUCGGGAAUAUCUCACGUUAGAUGAAGAUAAGUCAUGUUUAAUGUCCUGUAUUGUUUAAUGAUAUGCCUACACUGAUAACGUGUAUUUACGAUGCAUUUUUAAAUGCUAUUUAUCACCUACUGCACUGGUUAUCUAGGCAACUUCUUACGUUUUUUAUAGUCUGCUAUGCACUACGAAAGAACUGUUAUAGGCUACUUAUCUGCGUUUAUGCACGUUAAUGUAAUGUCGCCUAAAAAUACUUCUAACCCCUCCGCUCGUGGAUAAUCUUGCGUUUGUUGUAAUGCCAGGGACAAGUGUUUGUCUGCCAAUAUGGAAAAGAAAAAUCAUGCUAAUUUGUUUAGUUGAAACAUCACCUCAUGCUCAAAGGGGUGGCGCGGCCGCCGCCCACUUUCGUCCAGCCUGCUGCAGCCUACACGUUCACUGAAAUACGCCUGGUAGUGACCUUGUUCAACGCUACCGGGGAAAUCCCACUUUUAAUCAUUUAAAAGCAGACUUGUAGUUUGUGUUGGUUUCAUUCGCCCACAGGCUGCCAUCUGUUGUAAGCCGAUUCCCGUUGCUGUUUGCCUGGACUGUACACACCGUAUGCCAAUGAAGUUGUGUAAAAAGUAUUUUUCUGCGACCAAUUCAUCCUGAAAAGACGCAGUGACAUACUGUUAUGAACAGUAAACGGUCAAAAUCGGCUGUUUUUGUUAUACAUUUUUCCGCAGACCUAGCCUAGUUGGAAUAUUUUAUCCCAAUUAGGCUACUCAGCACAUUUUUAUGAUAAAAAAAGUUAUUUAUUGAUUCCUAUUAUUAUUUAUUAUUACCUAUCUGAAAGUUUCAGUUCAAUUUUGGUGCUGAUAUGCAAAUCGGAAAUGCCCUGCGCGUGGCUAUACUCCUAGCGUUGUACAGUUUUGCAGGCGCAGAUGUAACCGCUGGGGCAGGCAGCGGGACUUUCUGCUAUUGGACGAGCAGCGGCGCUCAGGGUCGCUCCCAUUACAGCUUCUUGCGACUAUCAGCUAAUAAUGCACGCCCCAGGUCCCUGCAGCUGUACCACAGCGUCUGGACACGCGAUCGGGGCCUCGUGGACUGCGCGGUGACAGACGAACCAGCUGUCGCGGAGCGCUACUUGUCGCUAUGCCGCGGAGAGCAGUCCGAGAAAUUCACCGACGUCCCAGAGACGCGUUUCGACGUCAGCUUGCUUUUUGCUCCGGAUAACCCGUGUGCAGAUCCGUUUCCAGCGGGAGUCCAAGCGUCUAAACGCGUGAAGAGGCAGAUCAACGACCCAGACCUGGCAGAACGUCAAGCUCGGGAUGGUUCGAAAGUAAAGCUCCGGCGCCAGAAGCGAGCGUGGAUCAUCCCGGGGACAGUUUGGUGUGGCUCUGGUAACAAGGCGACCAAUUACAACGACUUAGGAUUGUUCGCGCAAACCGAUAUGUGCUGCCGGGAGCACGACCAUUGCGCGGACACCAUCACGUCAUUCAAGUUCGGCUACGGUAUCUUCAACCGGCACUUUUUCACCGUUUUGCACUGCGACUGUGAGGACAGGUUUCGCCAGUGUCUCCUCACAGCAAAUGACACCGUCUCCAACAUGGUGGGCUAUGGCUACUUUAACCUCAUCAAGACCCCAUGUUUCACCUUUACGGAGAAAAUGCAGUGCACCCGGACUAACUGGUUUGGCAUGUGCACGUUGUCCGAGAUGUCCCCCUAUGCCGUGUUGCAGGAGCCCAUGGAGUACAACGCUACUCAGCCGGUGCCCGAGGAUGAGGGGUUUGGCAAUGCCACUGUCCCGUCAGCCACUCUGGGAACCGGGAACGUCACCUCCGACUCCACGUCUCCGACGCCCACGCUCACGCUCACGCCCACACUCACGCCCACGCCCACGCCCACGCCCACGCUCACACCCACGCCCACGCUCACGCUCACGCCCACGCUCACACCCACGCCCAUGCUCACGCCCACGCCCACGCUCACACCCACGCCCACGCCUAUGCCCAUGCCCACGCCCGUCCCGAACGUCCCGUCUCCCGCGGCGGGAACCGGCCAGCCACCCGUCCGCGGGCCCAAACCGCGGCCCCGCUGUCGCCCCAGGGGACCUGCCAGAGGGCCCGCCUCCAGGCCCGGAAGGAGGCGGGGCUUAAGGAGGAAGGUUUGCGAGGAGCAGCCGAAUUCGCCUCUUCCUCCAAAGGGGCGGGACUCAGAUGCAAAUCUUACUGCUGUGAGCGCGGCGGGGGGAGGAGACCCGAUUGCCCCUCCCCACGAGAGGGGUGACCCCAGCUCAGAGAACGCCCUGCCCACCGCCCGUCCCAGGACCCCACAGCCUGUCCCGCAUAACCACCCUGCACCCUUGGAGGACAUCAGAGAAACAGAGACACUGCAGCCCUGUGAUUGCUACAAACACCUGGACGAGUGCAGGCUCAAGAUUCCACCUCUGGGCGAGAGAUUUGGCCUGAAAAACCUAGAGCGCAAGACCCUGUACCAUUGCAACUGUACAAACAGGCUGGCCCAGCAGCUUCAGGCCCUGGAGGAGCCGGACGGCGUGCAGUCCCUGUUGGUCGAUUUCGUCUCCCAGUCCUGCUUCCUGCUGGCCCCCCCGGAGGAGUGUCCCGGAACAGCUCAGGGGUGCCCCCCCGCUGUUCUCUCUGAAGCCUCGCAUCUCCGCCUGGCGCUGUCCCGGCGGGAAAACAGAGGGGGGGAGAAAUACGCGGAGACGCCCAUCCUGAAGGUCAAGAGGCACAACACCAGGAAGUCCAAGAGGAAACAGAUCCCAGUCAAACUCUACAAGAAGUGCCUGAGGAUCAUGGACUCCAAAACGUCACAAAGGGCCGAAGGGUGAGAGCAGCCUCAGACCAAUGGGCGGGGGGCAGGGGCAGAGCGUCAGUGUGUGUGCAGCUUUUUAUGCCCAAAAAAGUGCCCUGUUUUAAUGAGCUAAUUCAUUCUGUAGCCAGUCGAGGACUUAAAUCAUGAAUUACACUUGUGUUCGUUUCACACUCUCAAAGCACUUUACACUUUGGAGUGGAGCUUCAACCUCCACCACCAUCUGGGCUUACACCAGUUCAUGACCCCACGUCAAGUUAUGUGAACCCCUGUUAUGAUGAAUCCCUGUUCACCAAAUACAUGGACAAAUGCAUGCUGUACAAACAGGUAUAAUCAAAAGAAAUAGUUAAAAACUCGCUUUGACAACAUUAGGUUCAAACCUAAUAUAACCACAAUAGUCUCUAGUAGCCAGUUUUGCUAAUCAAGAAUAAUAAUUAAUCUUACAUUGAUAGAUUAAUAUGCUGUAAGUAUAUUAAUUUUACAACAAAAAACUAUAUUUGUUGAUUCAAUUCUAUAGCAGUUUUGUGGAAAUUUUGUUUAUUGAAAACAAAAAAAACUUUUCUGAUCUUUUCAUAUUUUAAAUAUUGAUGACAUCCAUGGUAGCAGUUAACAUAUAUUUCAUGCAGUUAGUCUUUUAUUUCUCACUCCGAAAAAGUUUUAAAUAGGUGCUACAGCGGUGGCAGUGUGUACACCCUCUUUCUCAUAAAAAAUGUUCCUGGAUGUGUUCAAACAGGAAAAGCAAACUGUAAAGAGCCCUUAUUGUGAUCGACUAGUCACAGGUAGUGCUGGUUGAUUUGAUAGGGAACCAUUGUAAAUGUAUAUACGUCUAUGUAAAUAUUUUGGUUAGAAAACAUUCAUGAAAAUGUUACGGAUAUAUGUUUUUUUAAAUGUAGAUAUGUUAUUUAUUAUUUGUACAUUUUGUUGUGUUGAAAUCUGUUUUGUAAAUAGCUUGUGUCACUGAUUAAAAAUGUCUAUAAGAGGA